UCCAAUUAUUAUGAUUUACGACGAAACCUCUUUUCCUCUUUCUUCUUUUCCAUUGAAGGAGCAGAAGAAAACAAUAACAACCUAAAUUCUGUUCUAGCUUCUACAACUGGAGCUGAAUUAUCAAAAUAACAAACUCUGCUAAGUGGUGAUGGAUCAACUCUCGAAUGCCUUUUCUGUACUAGAAUUGGAUGCUGAAGAUGAUAAAGUACAGAAGACCACUGUUGCUGCCGCUGAUCUUAAAAAAAGUACUAAUGGAAGAGGUAAGGCCAAGAGAAAAGGUGACAGCUCAAAAGACAAAACUUUGUCAAAGAAUGAGAAUGGGGAUCUACAAAGCCCAGAAGUAGUUUCAGAAGAGUACAAGUUGCCCCUUGUGUGGAUCGACUUGGAAAUGACUGGUCUGGAUAUUGAAGUUGAUAGAAUACUGGAGAUUGCUUGUGUAAUUACAGAUGGCGAUCUGGCCAAAGUGAUUGAGGGUCCUGAUUUGGUUAUCCAUCAAAGUAAAGAUUGUAUGGAUAAAAUGGGCGAAUGGUGUCAGAGUCAUCAUGGAGAAAGUGGGUUGACAGAAAAUGUUCUCCAAAGUACAAUAAGUGAACGAGAAGCUGAAAAGCAGGUUAUUGAAUUUGUAAAGAGAUAUGUGGGCACAUAUACGCCUCUUCUAGCUGGAAAUUCGAUUUAUGUGGAUUUUCUAUUUUUGAAGAAAUACAUGCCGGCUUUGGCUGCUCUUUUUUCUCAUGUGGUAGUUGAUGUUAGCAGUGUUAAGGCUUUAUGCCUCCGUUGGUAUCCAAGAGAUAACAAAAAGGCUCCGUCAAAGGAAAACAAGCACCGAGCCAUGGACGACAUCAAAGAAAGCAUAGCAGAGCUAAAAUACUACAAGCAGAAUAUAUUCAAACCUAGGAGUAAGAAGUGACUGCUAAAGAAGAGAUUGCUGAUCUCGGGUUCAGCAGACCUUUCACUUUGAGCAAGUUCAUUCUACCGGCAUGCCAACGAUCUGCUCUCACUUAUCAGUGUAAAAUGGUGUAUUGAAUCAGAUAAAUCAUUAUUAUGGAAUUUGAUGCAUUUUGCUGAAACCAUAGAAUCACAGUUAUCAUUAUUCCAUGAACUUGUAUAACAAAACAAAAGCUUUGUUAUUUGACUAAUGCACUAAAUUUUAGCUCUAGAACUUAAUACUGA